UGUGUUGAUGAACAUUUGUAUUACCAUUUUCUUUUAUUACAUGCCAGUAUACGUAUUCUCUCUUCCGAAAGAUCUUACAAAGCAGAAGCAAAUAUUGUACAGCAAUUAUUAAAUGAAUUUGUUAAUUUGUUUGGAAAUAUUUAUGGGGAUCAUUUAAUAAGUUUUAACCUGCACGGCCUGCUUCAUUUGUCUAAUUGUGCCAAAGAAUAUGGACCCUUAGACACAUUUUCGGCCUACAAAUUCGAAAAUUAUAUGCAGCACUUAAAAAAACUUAUUAAAUCCCCCACAAAUAUUUUACAACAGUUGUGUUUGAGAAUUGACGAAAGAAAAAAUUUAAUAGAAGAUAAAAAUUCAAAACUUGAUGCGUUUUUUCAUUAAUCAUAAAAAAGAAAAAGAUUCUUUUUGUUUUAGUGAAGAUACGGGACCUUUCAAAGUCAUAGAUAUGCGCAUAGAAUCAGAAGAGGAGGUAGUGGUCGGAUACAAAUUUAAAGAAAUAAGUAAUUACUUUAUUGAGCCCCUUGAAUCCUUUUCUGGACUUGGCAUUUUGCUUGCAAGCGGGUUAAGUGAUGAAAUAAUACGGUUUAAAAAAAAAAAUAUCAAAUACAAAUACUUUUGCAUACCUUAUGAAAAUAAUUUUCUUUUAAUUCCAAUACUACAUCACCUCUUUCAUGAGUUCGCACACUAGUUAUAAACGUUUAUUCUAGUAUACAUCAGCAAAAUUUACUUGUUCCCAUUAAUAACACAUUUUCUUUUUCUUUGUUUUAACCAUGCUACGAAUUCUGGAGAAAUAUGAGUGAGGAAGCCGAUAUUUUCGACUGGACACCCCCCCGCCACAUCCACCCCUAAGGAAGGAAAAAGGAAAAGGCUUCAACUUUCCCUAGACUUCAACGCCUGUUCUUCAAAUCAAGUAUUAACAUCUUGUCACAGCCAGAGUGUGUUUGCUGCAACUGAAACACCAGUUGUUUCCGAAAUUUCAGCAACAAACAAAGAUGUAAUGAACAUGUUGGAAAUUAUAUUACAAAAGCAAACAAAUUUGGAGACCCGGUUGGAUAGCUUGGAAGGAAAAAUGCUUGACAAAACUGAUGUGAUGGCUCACCAUAAAGUCGUGCGUGAGUCGAGAGUGCUAAUUAAAAAAGUACAUCAGAGUGUUUGCCGCAUAUCCGGAGAAAGCUGCGAAGAUCUCCACACAGAACUGGCCGUUCUUAUGCCAAUGCAAUCUUUAGAUGCUGUUUUUGAUUUGGAGGAAAAGCUAAUAGAAAAAAAUUACGAAGACGCAAUGAUAUCAUAUCUUUUCACCUUAAAAGGCUCUUCAGGAGAUAUUGAAGCGGUGAUCAAAAGGAUCUUCACAGAUGAAGUUUUGCAUCAUUUCAAUUGGGAUGGUCGAUGCGGCAGAAAAUCGCUAUCUAAGUUGAAAAUAGUUAGCGUGGCUCUGUUUGACAUUUUUAAACUCCAGGGCCGUAUAGAGUUUGAAAAGGAAGUACGAAGGAGCGUCGAACACAGCCAUAAUAGGCAAAAGCAGAAACGCUAUUUAUCUAACAAACGGAAUAUGCCUUUAUAAAUAAGCUUAGCUUUAGACAAAUAAGUUUAGUUUUACACCUUAAUCAAACGACUACCAAACCAAUAUAAAUAAUAGUACAAACUAAAUGUGAUCUCAAAUAUAAUAUGAACUGAACAUAAAGUACAAAUAAAAUGUGAUCUCUUAGUUAAUACCUUAUCUGUAGUUGUAAAUAAAUAUAAUAUAAACUAUUAAUAAUAAUAUAAUAAAUAAGAUGCGUAUCAAAUAAU